AAAUAAUGAAAAUUUGGUAUGAAAUAGAUGAAAAUAAUUUAGGAAAGAAAAAUAUUUAUUCAAUUCACGAGAAGAGAAUGAGGACUUCCGCAUAGUAGCAGCGCCACUGGCGCAGAAAAAUAAAACCUAAUUUACCAAAUUCAGACACAGAGAUUCUCAUUCCUGAAGAUCUUGUUAUGUGUUGUCUCAAAUUUAUCCUCAAACUCACCUCUGUCUCUGUCUAUUUCCAAUUCACUGCAAUGUGCUCCAUUUCCUCACUCAAGCAAAACCAUGUCUGAGAUACAAUGUGCAUUCUCACUGUGACAAAGUGAAUUAGAUGAUUAUCCAAAUUGGGGUGUGCAAGAGAACAUGCUUAGAGCAUACAUUUUGAAUUUUUGGUGAUUUUAACCAUGACGAGUAUUAGUUUUGAAAUAUCUUGUGUUUUAUGGAAGCAAGGAAUGACAAUGUUAUGUGUUUGAUGCCUUUCAUGCACUGUAAUGUCUUGGAGCAGGAUAUUGCUAAAAUGAAGGACUCUUGGUUUUUUGACAAUAAUUUUAAUGGUCUGUCGGAUGAGAUUUUUGAUGAUGUCAUCAAGUUUUUUGAUUUUCCACUGGAAGAUGUGGAAACUAAUGCUGCGGAAGAAGACUGGGAUGCUCAGUUAAAAUCCCUUGACGACCCUCGUUUUGAUGUUUUUUCGGUAUCAUCAGCUGGGCUGUGCGCCAAAACUCAAGAUGAAAAUCCCCAACUUGGGAUGGGUUUCUCUGCUUCUUGUAAUGGGAUUUCCCCAAUAAAACAGCUGGCAAAAGCUCCUGGACCAACAUACGAAAAAACCAUUUCCCACCAGACUGUCUCUUUCAAUGGAAAAGAUUUGCAUCAAUUCCAAACCUACAGCCCAGUUUCGGUUUUUGAAAGCAGUAGUUCUUCCUCAGUUGAGAAUUCCAACUUCGAUGUACCUGUCAUCCUGAGAAAGCGUGCUCGAAGUAAACGCAUGCGUCCUUCAAGCUCCAAUCCUCUAUUCUCAACACCUUUCGUCCUCAGUUCACCAGAUUUGCUGAAACAUCAAAGGACCACUGCCUCUGAAUCAAACUUUGAAAAGGAUGUUGCUGGCAAACUAUCAGACAAAGUAAAAAGGCUGAGGAAAAAGGACAUGUCCCUGCUAUCAGGUGAUGUUGGGACGACGAAAUCGUCGUUACUGGAGUCAGUUGCCUUCAGAAAGUGCAUGCAUUGCGAGGUGACAAAAACCCCGCAAUGGAGAGAGGGACCUAUGGGUCCCAAGACACUAUGCAAUGCUUGUGGUGUUCGAUACAGGUCUGGCCGCCUCUUUCCCGAAUACCGGCCUGCAGCUAGCCCGACAUUUGUAGCAUCACUGCACUCAAACUGUCACAAGAAGGUGGUAGAGAUGAGAAGCAGAACCAUGCAUGAGGGUGUUAGGGGUUCAGUGUUGGCUUCAUCAAAUCUCUCUGGAAAUUCUGUAGGAUAAUAUUAUGUUGGAUUCUAUAUUGAGGAAGAAACGGUGGUGUCCUAAGAAGGAUUCUCCUUGUUUGUUGUUUUCUUCAUAGUCUAAUGUUAUAUUAUAUUGGUUAGCAUCAUUUGUUUAAUGUAAAUUGAUUGGUUAAAUAAAAGUUAGUUGCAUCAUUCAGGAAAACAUAGUGUUGAAAAUUCGAGAGGUUGAGAAUGGCAUGUAAUUUCAUAUGCCAGCCAGCACUUUUCUAACUGGAUCGCAUCAUGCAUGGUAGUGGGAUUAAAUGGUUAAAGUAGGGGCUAUAUAGAACCUUUGCCAUUGCUGUUGCAUGUGCUGCAAGAACAUCAAAUCAAGGAUCAAAUUGAAGCAAGGACAUAAUGUCACAUGGCACAACGGUGUUGUAGUUAAAUUAAAAGCACAUGCUUGAUUUUUCUUCUUUUCUUUUUGUCAUGAUGCAUGGCUUUUCUACGUAAGACCUG